AUGUCUUUAAAUGAAUACUUAGCCAAAGCCUACGGUCCGGCAAAACCUAAAAAGGAGAAGACGAAACGCAAGAAGAAGGAGAGGGAUGUACCAUCGACUCAGGUGAUUGAAGCAAGCAACGUGAUAGGUAUCAGUGAUGAGAACCCACCAUUACGGGAUACGAAUAAGGUAGUACAGUCACGAACGGAGCGAACAAGUAAAUGGAAGAACCUAAAGACAAACGAGCUAGUUAAUUCAUUGAAAGGCAACGUGCUCCACGUUGACGAAGAGCCAGCAAAUCGUCCCCAUACCUCAAAGAAUCAGAUCGCAAGCAGCACUGGAGGUCUUCAAACUGCAGAGGAGGCUGCUCAGCGAAUGAAGGAGGUAGAAGAAAUAAAUCGAAAAGAGGCGACAGCUUCGGCUGCGAAUACUAAAACCACUUACAGAGAUAGCAAAGGACGGAAGAUUGAAAACUAUGAAGAAUUUAUCAGGUCAAAAGAAGAAGAUACAGCGCUCAGAGAGCAACAAAGGAAACAAGAAAUUCGUGACUUGAAUAAGGGUGAAUACCAAAUGUUACAAGCUCAGGGAAAACUCCCGAGGCCAAACUCAGAAGAAACACUAUCCUUUGAAGAUCCUAUUCAAAUAUUCAAACCAUCAAACGAUGACACGAACGUGAAGACAUCCAUAUUAGGCCGAAAAAUAUACCAAAAGGUAUACCCCGAAAACAGGUUUGGUAUCGCUCCCGGCUGGAGAUGGGAUGGGGUCGACAGAUCCAAUGGAUUCGAGAAAAAGUGGUUUGCAAAACAAAAUGAAAUUAAUGAGACAAAAAUCAAGAGUUUCACUCUAAAGGAGGAGUAUUAA